AUGUUAUGUCCUAGUUAGUUAACUCUCAAGACAAACCUCCCUAAAUGGGAAGACAGCCUUGUUGUGAUAAGGUUGGUUUGAGGAGAGGUCCAUGGACAAUUGAAGAAGAUCACAAGCUUAUGAAUUUCAUCCUCAACAAUGGCAUCCAAUGCUGGAGAACAGUUCCCAAGCUUGCAGGUUUGCUAAGAUGUGGAAAGAGCUGCAGAUUGAGAUGGAUUAAUUAUCUAAGGCCAGACCUCAAGAGAGGCGACUUUACAAAAAUGGAAGAGGAUCAAAUUAUACAACUGCAUUCAUGUCUUGGUAAUAGGUGGUCUAAGAUUGCUGCACAUUUUCCAGGGAGGACAGACAAUGAAAUCAAAAACCAUUGGAACACAAGAAUAAGGAAGAGGUUGAAGCUCCUUGGUGUGGACUCUAUGACCCUGAAUCCAGUUCAGCAAAAGGGCAAGUCUGAUGAUAAUGAUGAUAAAAAUAAGACAAGCCAACAGUCAAUUACUUCACAAAGGUAUGAAGAAGGUGUGGAGAGUAAGUCCAUGGAUAUUCAUGGCACUGAAAAAAUGCCAAAAUCAGAAGGGAGACUAGAAAAAAAAAAUAUGGAUUGGAAUGAUGGAACCAGUGGAUUCUUAAACAAUUAUGAGAUGCAAUGUUCAUCACAGUGGGACUUGGGAUCAUGGACGAAUCAAGAAAACAAAACAAGUAGUAGUUCUUAUCGUAGUUCUUCUUUCUCUCUGGAUGAUGCUAGCAACCUUUCUGUGGGUAUUAAGGAUUUGUUUCAACAGCAAUGGGUUGAUGGUUUGGAUUCGAUUCUCUCGUGGGAUAGCUUCAGCACUCUAGAAAGAGAGUCUAUUUUGGAAAAUUAUAGGCAAUAAGCAUAAGCACCUCUUAAAACUACUUGACAAUCUCUCAUGCAAUAAGAUGUUAUAAAAGAUCAUGUAAAGGAGAUUGCCACUUUCAUCUCUGCAACUACUUGACAUUAAAUAUUAUGUUGAUAAUUAAUGAAUGUGCGGUAGUAAUGAUAUUUUAUUAUUGAUUGAUAUUAAUUUGAAUAAGUUUGUAAAA